ACGGGGUCCGGCCUAGUUGUAAAGUCAUUGAGAGACAAUACAUCUUGUUGUCCCUUAGGGCAAGCACCUGGGUGUCUACAAGCGUGUAUCAGAUCAUUGAUUUCUAUCUACAUGGUAGGCUUUCCUAGCCUGGAGGAUAUUGUGUUUCGGGAUUCAGAGUUGAGGAAUUGGGUAAUAUGUGGGUUGGGGCUUGUUCCUAAUCCUUGCUACGGAUUACCUGACUUUUGCUGUACAGAUCCUAGUAGCCGUGGAAGCUAGUCUUUUUGGGAAUACAUUUGAUCAUACUGUGUUGUCCAGACUUGGUGCAGUUGUGGAUUAUUUUUGGAUUUGGAAUUACCUAUAUUGUGUGUGAGGCAGGACUUCUACUGAUUCCAGGAACAGGUGUCGUGUAGAGUGCGUGAUGUGACGUUCAAGAUGCUGCUGCGAUGUCGUCGUCGACCAUGUUGAGACAGCCAGCGACGUUGGUGGUGUUCUUCCUCUCCCUCGGCCUCCACCUCGCCACCAGCACCGCUUUCCUCUUCGACAGCAGAGGAAUUGUGCGACCGAAGAACCCGUAUGGCUACAUCGGCGACGUGCUGAACCUGACCUGCAACGUGACGGACCACCAGAUCAACGGCAAUGUGUCGGGGUUCAUGUACUUCACAAAGCAGUUCCGUGAUGGGGAGCGAGCCCUGCCGCUGCGCCACAUCCAGAUACUCAGCACGCGCAGCAUCCGGCUGCAGUAUCACGUGACAUCCGGGGGGCAGCAGGGGACGUACGUCUGCCACCUCAACAACACCGCCGACGGAACCAGCAUGGUGCUGGGCAGUCAGUACGUCACUGUGGACUACCGAGCCCACCCAGUGAGUGCCAUCAACUGCUCGGUGUAUAACUGGGAGAACAUGACUUGCAUGUGGGAUCUGGGGAGGAAGUAUGUGAACAACAACUUCAAUGUUCAGCUUGUGUGGGCGAUAAUACCGUUUAAAGGCAGGGAGGGCCAGUUUGACUGCCCCCACCCCACAAAGACCUCCUGCAUCUGGCGGCCAAUGGACGGGCGUGACUCCUUCCAGGCCGGCAAGACAUACUACAUGACUGUGAUCGUCACCACCAAGGACAAGGCCAACAUUACAAUGAGUGAAGCCCAGUCCGAUGUGUUCACGGUAGAGACCAAGAUGCUUGUGAAGCCGGCGGCGGUGUCCAGUCUGACGCUGCUGGACAAGAACAGCACGUGCCUGUCCCUGAAGUGGCACCACAGCAAGUCCUUCAGGAACAUGAUGUACCGGCUGCACGUGUGGCAGGGGGAGCAGGAACAGACCUACUACCAGACCCAGGAGAGGAGGAAGGUUAUUUGUGGCCUUCACCCGGCCAAGGACUACGUGCUGCUGGUGUCGUGCAUCCCCAUCCCUGAAGGCCUGCGGGAGCCCCACGGCACAUACAGUGAAUUGAGCUCCAUCAUAGAGAAGACGCUGGAGGAUGUGCCAAGUGGGGUUCCUGGUAUUGAGAUCAGCAGCUUCAGAUACCACAAGUGCAGCUCUCAGACCUCGGACUGUGAGGUCACCAUCUACUGGCAGCCAGUUGUAGACGUGGAGUGUAAUGGGGAGAUAACUCAGUACCAGGUGACACAGAUCGACACGGAGAUAGGACAGAUGCAGGAGUUUGAGGUGGAGGGAUCGGACACUUCGAUCAACCUCGGGAUCAAGAAGGUCAGACAGUACUUGAUCAGAUUAAAAGCCAGAACUCGGGUCGGAUAUUCAGAACAUUCCGCAUCCAUGGUGAUUCCAGCAUAUCAGUACAAGUUGCCUCCCCCUUCUGACGUCUUGGUGGAGGCCGAGGGUUCUGUUCUGCACAUCAGCUGGGGCCCCCCUAAACACUCCCAGGACUCCCCCGAGGGGCACACCCUAGGGUACACACUGUACUACUGUACUGGGUCCAAGUUCACUUUCAAAUGCGUGGAUAACAUUCAAUGGCUGCCCUUCACCACUGACCAAAUGGCAUUUGACUGGGCAGUGCCUGGUGGUAACCUUGACAAUAAGAUGAUUGGCAUCUCAGCAGAGAGGGAGGUAGCCAAUGAGGAUUUGAGCAGUGGCAUUAUGUGGAACACAUGUGUAUACCAGAAGCGAAGGAAACCCUCCACUCCCAAAAAUGUGCAAUUUUCACCCGACCAGCCUGACAAUGGCCUCCGUGUUGUGUGGGAGCGGUCAGACUGUACCCAGGACCCAGCAUACACCACACACUUCCUGCUGUCUUACUGCACCACCAAUAGUCAGGGAGGAUGUGCAGGCCCCACAGUGAACCAGACUGUGUCAAACAGAGAAGUGAGUUAUCUCCUCAAGGAUCUGUCAGCAGGAGUGAAGUACAGGGUGACACUCCGAGCUGUGUCCAGGUCAGGAGAGGGGCCAGAGAGUGAACCCAUCUUCCAUACGGUGGUUAAUAGUGACCUGAACCCUGGUGAGAUAGUCGGGGUGCUGUUUGCCUGUCUGUUUGUCCUGCUGCUGAUCAUCAUCAUCUUCAUCCUCUGCAUCAAGAAAGUACACAAAAUGAAGAAAGGUUUCUACAUGCAUGUCAACAUUCCGAGUUUGGCGACAUUACCUCCGCUCAGAGAAGGCGACCCCCUCCAUGACGUGUCACACCACUACCCUGGGCGCCCCCUCCCCCAGGUGCCUCCCACCACCUCCCACACAGGACCUGAUGAUGGAUACUCAAGUGCUGAUACUGAUCCCAGUUUUGACCCACAUCGAUAUGAGCCAAUAUCCAACCCAGGAAAAAACAACAACAACAACAACAACAACUCCACCAAGAGAAACGUGAGCGUCUCUUCUGAAACAGCGCUUCUGUCCAACAUGGAACACAACAAUGAGGAUGAGGGCAAGUGUCAGCCGUACCAGGUCACACAGCUCAGUAAGAUCACUGGGCCUGGUACCUCCUCCCCAGGGGGAAGGUCAGGUGUGAAACGGACCAGAAAACCCUAUAUUAAGAAAACAAGCUUGUCGGACCGGAGUGGAAUUUCUGAAAGGGGAGAUAACUCUGUGGAGAGUUACUUACAGGCGGACAUGACUGGGGAGUCAACAGGUUCAAGAUGUCUGCCGGACGCCAGGUGCAAUCAGGGUCUUCCAUUCAGUGAACAGAACAAUGCCCCUCUUCAUAUUCCUCUACAGGAGGCUCGUGUUGGGUUUGUGUUGACCCCACCCCCUCAGACAGGUCCCCCUCCUCCCCCCGCCCCCCUCCCAGGGUUUGUGGGCCUUGUGGUGAAUAUCCCCUCACCACCCCCUAGUGACAAUGCAUCCUACAUCACGGAUGUGACUGCGUUAAUGCGACCGUUUGACAAUAGUUUAGAACACACUGCUGACACUCCCCAGUACAGUAAGAUCGGGAGUGAUGGUAGCUCAUCCCCACCCCCCAAUACAGGGUAUGUGUCAUAUGAUCAGGCUGAGGCGGUGGGCCGCACCCCCUUUCCAACGAUGACCAGCACCCCCCAGGGGGAUGCGCCCGUGGCGGUCAGGCCACUGAGUGAGUACAUGAAGCAUCUUCCCCUUAGCUACUACGAAGAGCCACAGCCAGAUCAGGAGAAUGGGCCGACUACAGAACUGUGAUGUCAGAUGGCAUAGUGUUGGUUAUAUCAGUUGCUGGAGAUGAUCUGACCCCAGGACAAGGAGAGCCAAUCAGAAUCAAAAGUAGAGACAUGUAGUAGCCAAUCAGAGGAUACAGAGUGAGAGAGCCAAUCAAAAGAAGGCAAAGUGCUGGCAAUUAGAAAGAAGUAUUGUGAGACCAAUGACAGAGCACUGAUGAUGAACAAUGAGAAGAAAUGAGAAGUGCUAUGAGAAUUAUUAUUAUUAUCAUUAUAAUUAUGAUUAUGAAAAGUUAUUUAUUUCCAGAAGGAUGGAUUCAACAUGUGGAGAGAACGUGGUUUGCUCCAUGUUAGUAAUAAUCCUUCCACAGGAUCAAAGCACAGGGUGAUAGGAUGUCAUUCCUGCAUCAGCUUAUUGACCAACUCCAUCAUGUGUUUCUGUAAGAACCAUUUUAUGACACUGAAUAUGAGUAAAAAACAGAACAGCUGUCAUUUCAUUGAGAAUUUUGUUUCUUUCUCUCACAAAUAUUAAAAAUGAAUGUAAUUGUGAUAAUUUUGACAUUCCAUUAUCACUAUAUCAAGUGUCAUCAUUGCAUGCACGGUUGCUGCACAGUGAGGUGCAUCUUGAAGGAGUAGUUCUUGUCUAUGAAAUCUUGAUUUCUGCAUUUAGAUGUGCAGGUGCAUGCAUGUGCAUAUGUGCAUUUGACAGUCUGUGAUUUCAUGGUGUAAUGCUCCCAGUAGCAGACAGGGUAAUGUAUACCAGAAGUUGAAUAAAAUGGUAUGUUCUUAAGAAGACACAAUAGGGGCAUUUCUGUUACAACUCAUUGGGUAUCUGAAGAGAACAGUUUAGGUGGCAUGACUUCUGAGAUCAGGUGAAAGGGAGGGGUAUUUCAGGUUUGACUUCUGUACAUCAACUUGAGUUGAUCAUUGGGAGGCACAGAAGGUCUUACACUCCACAGCAAUCUUGGCACUCUGACACACGUCUUUGUUGAAAUACGGGACGUCAAUCGCAGCUCUGCAGUACCUGUAGUUUAAAGGACCAGGGCCCUGGUGGUGUGGGUGCUUCCUGCCUGGCUCGCCUGGUCUUGGGUUUGAAGCUUGGAUUCACCCCCAAACUGUUGGUCUGUCUGCACCUGACCUUCGGAAAGUGUUUGCUAAAGUAGUAAAAGUCUGGGAACUGCAGACGUUCUGAGCCAUCUCACAGCCCCCUUAUAAGUACAGGGGUCUACUGCAGUAAACAGCAGGAAGUUUGUUUGGCAGUAUUAUUUAUUUAGGGAGUUGAGUAAUUAUGGUUGUUGCUAUGCAUGUCAUCUGAGGGAAGAGGUUCUUGGUUAUGUUUUAAUAGUUGAGAACAUGUGUUCCAUUUUCGCAAAUACUUUUUCUUCCAAAACAUUAUACCUCAGUGAGCAGUUAUUGAGAUCAGUUUGUCUGUGGACAAAUAGUGUAUUGUCAAGUUAGGAAUUUUUUUGUCUCAAGGUAGGGAUAUUCUUUGGGCCAUCAAUUCCAAAAAUUAUAUUAUUCAAUGUAUAAGAGGAAUAAAAUAUGUAAUGUGGGGGUUAAUCUACAGAUAAGCUUUAUUUAGAGGUUAUAAUUAAAUUAAUAAUUAAAACAAUGGGUUUAAAAAGAAUUUGUGUCUUGUGCGGUACUUGUAUAAGUGUAUGAUUAUGAAGCUGUCAGAUGAAGUGUUGAAGUAUUCAACGUCUACAUGACCAAAUAAUUCUACUUCCUUGUGUUAUUGUUGUCAAAAUGUCAGCAAGUAUGUUUCAUUCCUGUUUUAGAUGUUUUUUAAGAUAUCUUGCCUCAAAGUAUAUAUAUUUUUUUUAAUAUAUAUUUUUUUGAUAUUUUAUGUUUUAAGAAUGGAAGAUCUCCAUACAGGUUGAGUAUGCUUUCCACUUCAUUCAGUCUGAGUUUCUUUGUCUUUUUGUAAAGAUUUGUACAUACGUACCUGUACAUAAUGCAUUGCUCUUACUGAUCAAUUUUUCGGAUCAAACAGAUGACUCCACUCUUGUAUAUAUGUAGCAAUGUAAUAGUGUACAUUAUGAUAAUUCAUUUGUCAAAGAAGUGCUUUCGCUCAAGAAUUUGAUUCUUGAAGUUGGUAUGUCUGUAUAUACAGUCCAAGGUGUAUUUAAUCUGUGUAAAUGAAACUAUAAUGUAACACACUUCUUUUGUGUUAUACACAUGCAGUAUUGCAUUGACUUGUAGAAAUAUUGUGUGGCUUUUAGGCUUAAAAAAUAAAAGAAUUGGUUCUUG